CGAGCGUGCACCUAACGCAUACGGGCAGCUGCCCAAACCCCAACACCUUCACUCAUUAUUUCUCACUGCCUUUCUCUUCCCUUUCAAUCCAACAAAUCCAAUCACCUGAACGCCCCCUCUGCCACAGCCGCGCCGCGCCUCCUCCGCCGUGUUCGGAGGCGCGUGAGUGCCAGUUUUUUGUAGAAAUGGGUCAGGGCCUGAGCUGCAGGGAGCAGGAGGAGACCGAGCUGUUCAGCGCAGUUCAAAAUGGAGAGCUUCAAAUCGUUGAAGCAAUGGCGGAUGAGGACCCGAACAUACUGGCACUGAAGACGCUUCACCGGAGGCUCUCCGCGCUCCACGUGGCGGCCGCAAACGGGCGGAUCGAGGUUCUCUCUAUGCUUCUGGAUCGGUUUGGGAAUCCGGAUAUUCUCAAUCGGCACAAGCAGACUCCAUUGAUGUUGGCUGCAAUGCAUGGGAAGGUCUUGUGCGUGGAAAGGUUGAUUCAAGCAGGAGCCAAUAUUUUAUUGUUUGAUACAUUACAUGGGAGAACCUGUUUGCAUUAUGCAGCCUAUCAUGGCCACUCAGAUUGCAUUCAAUUGAUUCUUUCUGCUGCUAAUUCCCCUUCAAUUGCUCAGUUUUGGGGUUUUUCAAGAUUUGUCAACAUAAGAGAUGGAAGUGGUUCAACCCCGCUGCAUUUGGCUGCCCGCCAAAGAAGGCCAGAUUGUGUUAGAGUCUUGUUGAGCAGUGGGGCCCUUGUGUGUGCUUCUACUGGUGGCUAUAGCUAUCCAGGCAAUACACCACUUCAUCUCGCUGCUCGUGGGGGCUCAUUGGACUGUGUCCGAGAAUUGCUUGCUUGGGGUGCUGAUCGUCUUCAAAGAGAUUCUUCUGGGAGAAUACCUUACAUGGUGGCAGUGAAGCAUAAACAUGAUCUAUGUGCUGCUUUGUUAAAUCCUUUGGCUCCGGAGCCUCUAACUUGGCCUUCGCCUUUGAAAUUUAUAAGUGAACUCAAUCCGGACGUGAAAGCCCUGCUACAGAAAGCUCUAAUUGAAGCCAACCAAAAGAGAGAGAAAGCAAUAUUGGACACACCUAAUUCCCUUCAACCACCAUCACAUUCUGGUGGUAGUGAUGAUGAAUCUGAGGCUGGCGAAGAAGAUGAAAUGUGCUGCAUUUGCUUUGAGGAAGCUUGCAAAGUCGAGGUCCAAAGCUGUGGUCAUCAAAUGUGCGCGUAUUGCAUUUUGGCCCUUUGCUGUCACAGCAAACCCAAUUCCUCCUCUAACAAUGUGAAAAUUCCAGUUUGCCCCUUCUGCCGAAGCAGCAUUGGCCGACUAGUCGUGGCCAAGAGCAAAACAGAUGACGAGACCGAGUCCGAAUCGAAUCCUACGAAACCAAGAAAAUCGAGAAAGUCGGUGAGUCUCGGAGAAUGCAGCAGCAAUUUCAAGGGUUUGUCAGCUUUGGGCUCGUUUGGGAGAUUGAGUCGAAACUCUGGAAAAUUUGCAGCCGAUUGUGAUCUGGAUUUUGAUAAGACAUGAUAAUAAGUAAUAACAUCGUGAAAACGUUCAAUUUUACUGAAUCUCAGACCAAAAUUCUCCUGGAUUGCACACUUGAACUGAAGGUGCUGAUGAGAAUAGAGCAUGAAAAAGAUAUGUAAGGAGGAGUUUGUUCUUAAGGGGUCUGGUUUAUAGAGAGCUUAAUUAGCAUAUGUUGGUUAUGUUAAUGAAUGUUGUUGUAAUUAAUUGAAUUGGCUGAAGGCUCAGCUAUUUUGUAAUGUGAUGACGGAAUGCAAGUGAAGUGGAUUAUUAUGAUUUAUGACUACCCAAAUUUUACAAGCUCAGGGUAAUAUCAAUGGCAACAAUAUUAGUCUUAAGAAUA